GAUCAGAUCCCCCAAAAAAGUUAGCAACAGUUACUCCAGAAUACCUUCACUGGGUUCUUGGAAAUAUACCCGGGAAGGAGUGGGGAGAGGGUGAAAAUAUAAAGAAAUAUCAAGGAUUGCUAACUGGAUUUCAUUUUGGAAUUUAUAGAUUAGUUUUUUUCAUGUUUGAGCAACCGAGAAAAAUCCUGAACAUGACGGUAAAUUUAGUAAGGAGUGAAAACAAAGCAGAUGAAGAGCCUUGGCACUUCUCAACAAAGAAUUUUUCAAAAACUUAUAAUCUUGGGGAUCCGAUUGCUCUCAAUUACUGCGUUCUCGAUUUUAAUGUGACAAUGCCAUGGGAUGAUUUUACAGAGACUUAAAAAGACAUGUAUGGUAAUAGGGAUGCUUUAAUGUACAGUGGUAAGCUGAUCCCCUAAAAGUUCACUUUUAGCCCACCAUUUUACAGGGUCAAUUUCUGAAACUUUCGCAGCUUUUGACGGUUGAUAGCCCUAGUAGAGUUCGCAAUAUUUAUAUUUUUGAAAUAUGAUAAAGUUUUUUUCAUAUAACGUAAUGCAGCUGUGAAUUUUCCCAUUAAACGAUGUAAAUGUUCAUCCUUUUAUAAUACUUCGUAAUGAUCUACCAGGCUGAUUUUCAUAAUUUUUGCGGCUUUUGAUAGGUAAAAGGCUAGUCCUUAAAUGAGCCCGCUCUACUCAGAUCAUCUCACGCAGGCUCCCGGAGCAGCACAUAGAGAGUGCGAAACGUUCCUCUGGGGCUGCGCCUAGGCAGUGGUCAGGGGGUGUUUGGAAUAAGUCUGAUUUUAAUAACAAAAGAAAAAAAAUGAGUUUGGACGGAAAUUUCUGUUUUUUCAACUUUGAUUGUUUGAUUUAACCCGAUAUUUUUAGUCGUCAGCUUGGAUUUCUCAGACAUGCGCGUUGAAAUAGAAGCUCAAAAUGUGCAACUUUGAACUUGUCUUUAUCCUGUCUUUAUACUGUCGUUAAAAAAAAAAAAAAAAAAAAAAAAA